UGAAAAUCCUAAUAGUUUAAUACUAUAAGCAUACAGGCUUACUAUCGUACGUGUUUAAUGUCAACGAUUUGGCAUUUAAAUUUUCGAAAAAUCACGUUCUAAAAAACACAAGUAAAUUCAUAUAACAGUCAGUACGGAGAUGUCUGGGUACAUGGAUCAGGAUAAAUACUGGGGGCAUCAAUCGCAAGGCCAAUAUAAUUUUGAUGCUUCUGCAUUUGAGCAACCCAACCAACAAUUCGAAUUCCAGACAUAUGAUCAACAAUCGGAAAACAUUCAAAAUGCCGACAGCGGCGAUAUGUUCAAUCAAGAUGCUUUUAUAAAAGGUUCGAAUAGAUUUGUAGACGAAGAGGAAGAACCGCCACUUUUGGAAGAACUAGGCAUAGAUAUUGAUCGAAUAUUGCAAAAGACAUUAGCCGUUUUAAAUCCGUUUCACAGAAGGGGACAAAUCGAUGAUGCAAAUUAUUUACUACAGGAUUCUGAUUUAGCUGGGCCAAUCACAUUUUGCUUAAUACUUGCUGCAUUUCUUUCGAUAGCUGCCUCGAAGGCAUACUUUGGUCACAUUUAUGGUUUAGCCGUGAUAUCAUGCAUAUUAAUGUAUAUUCUUUUGGUAUUAAUGAGUAAUACUAACAAUAUUACAUUUUUUUCUGUGGCAUCUAUUUUAGGAUACAGUUUGUUACCAGUGGUAGCAUUGGCUGGUUUUAGUGUAUUUAUCAAAUUACAAGACCCUAUCGGUUUCCUUCUUAUUAUAAUUGCGGUUACUUGGGCAACACUUUCAGCAUCUAGAUUUCUUUCAACUAUAUCUGGGGAAAUGAAUCAACGUCUUCUCAUUGCCUAUCCUUGUGCACUACUUUAUGGGACAUUCUCAUUGAUUGUAUAUUUCUAAUAACUUAUAAUAAACUUAAUGGUUUAAGAUUUUGUCGCAAAGAAUCAUCGUCAAACUUUUGCUGCAUACAAAAAACUUAACUCCCAAAAUGUUUUUAAUUUAUGUAAAAAAUGUUCUACAGAUACCUAUAAAAUAAGUUUUGAAAUAAAAAGCAGCAUCAUCAU